GCCAAAACGUCAAAUUGCUUUGCCGGCAAAAACACAUUUCCCACUUCUCGCCAAACAACAAUCCCAGCAGAGGUGGAAAACGGCUGACGAAAGAGCAUCGCUGCAAAUAAAUCACUGCGUCCGGUUCUGACCAUCAAAAAUGGACUACAGCAAACGUGUCGAUAUGAUAUCGGCCUACUCGGUACCGAUCAGCUACCGGCCACCGGAAACGUUACCCGCGCUGGCCAAGUGUACCGACUACCCGAACACCAACUCGCUGCAGUACCGGCUGUCGGAAGCGGUACCACUGGCGGACAAGCAAUUGCACCCCUUUCUCGAUUUGGCCACCGUGAACGGAGUGGGCAAUGUGAUUGUGGCCGGUAACACUUACACCCACCGGCUGUGGGAAGGUGGAUUCUGUGGCUGGGAUAAGGUGGAAGAGCUUGCCAGCGAGGAGAAGGUGAUCUUUAGCAAGCAUUGCGAAGCCAUCGUUACGGCACUGUGCUACACGAAGGAUGAUGCGUUGUUUCUGCUUGGCAAUGACCGAGGAUCGAUCGAGCUGUGGUCCACGGGGAAUGCGGUGCGUGGAACGGGUCUCUAUCCGGUUGAUAACCGGUACGAGCAUAUCGGUGCCGUAACCGCGCUGGACAUCUUCCGCGGCACCGAUCGGAUGGUAAUUUCCGGCUCGAUGGACGGCUGCAUCAAGCUGUGGGAUUACAGUGAAGGGGAUCUACAUUCCAGCAGAACGCUGCAGCAGGCACACGUCGGUGCGGUCACAGCCGUUGCUACCGAUCACAGCCAGGAUUCGUUGGCGGUUAGUUGCUCGCACGAUCGGUCCGCAUUGUUGUGGGAUUUCCGUGAAACGAAACCGGCGAUCGCACUGUACGAGAGGCAUGAUGCCGCCUUCACGACCAUCCGGUGGUGCGAUGAGGUUAACUGGAAUCGUCUUGUUGCGGUGGGCGAUGCGGCUGGGCAGGUUCAUUUUAUAGACACAAGGCAACCGAACGUGCUGCUCGAAUCGGUGCCCUGUUUCGACCGGAAGGUGCACAAAAUCUCAUUCCACAGAAAUUACUUUGCCGUGCUCGGGAACACGCCGGAGGUUAAAUUCUUUGACGAUAAAUCGAAACAGAUUCACGCGGAGACUAGUGCGACAAACUACGUGCGUGAUAUUAUUUGGGAGAAUCCAAAGGAUGGCGAUGAGAAGGCUUCAUCUUCCCUUGCAUGUACGUUGAUCGGGUGGGACAGCUAUGUGAAGCGGGUAUCGGUAGACAAUGUUGCUGCCGUAGCAGAGUAAAUGUACAGUGCGUCAGUGGAUAACCAAACGAUUAAGUGUUACAUGUAUCGAAUAAUGAUGAAAUACAGUGUUCAUGUUGAAAAUCUU